AUGAGAACGCCUCUCUACUACGCCCUCUUAGCUUUUCUAAUUGUCCUCGCCACAGCUCAUCAGACGACUGACAGAGAAACAUUAGAAUUUGUUAUUCAUAGCAAAGAUAGAGCUCUAAGAAAAGGUUGCAAUCAUAAAGAUAAUCAAAAUACAAUGGUAUGUCCACAGCCAACAACUUCUCUUGAGCAAGAAGUCUUACAAUUUGCUGAUGAAAGACUCGGCCUAGUGUACCCUGUUAUACAAAACUUCAAGUCCACAAUCACAUCUGAUCCUCUGGGCAUCGUCAAAACUUGGGUGGGCUCAGAUAUAUGUAGUUACAAAGGGUUCUUUUGCGAGAGCCCCCCAGACAACAAAACUGCUAAAGCUGUGGCCUCCGUUGACUUCAAUGGCUUCCAACUUGGCGCCCCUACUCUUGAUAGGUUUCUUGAUCAGCUACCAGUUAUUGCGCUCUUCCAUGCAAAUUCCAACAACUUUGCUGGUACUCUCUCUUCCAAAAUUGUUAACCUUCAGUAUCUCUACGAGCUGGAUAUAAGCAACAACCAAUUUUCAGGUCCAUUUCCUACUGCUGUUCUUGGCAUGACUUGUCUAGAAUUCUUGGACAUUCGGUUCAAUCAUUUUGCUGGUUCAGUCCCUCAAAUAUUUACUCUAAAUCUUGACUUUCUAUUCAUUAACAACAACAAUUUCAUGCAGAAGUUCUCUGAUAAUAUAGGCAGCACGCAUAUUAUCUUUCUUACCUUGGCCAAUAACAAAUUUAACGGCCCACUUCCCAGAAGCAUAUUCAAAUCUUUUUCCGAUUUUUGUGAGGUUUUGUUCUUAAGCGACGAGCUAAUAGGUUGUUUUCCUUAUGAGAUAGGGUUCCUCAAAGAGGCCACAGUGAUUGAUCUUAGCAACAAUCAGCUAACAGGCCUGCUGCCAUUCUCAUUGGCUUGUAUACAGAAGGUGGAGCAGCUCAACUUCACCGAUAAUCUUUUGUAUGGCACGGUGCCAGAGGUGGUGUGUGAGCUCUGUAAUCUGGUGAAUUUCUCUUUGUCAGAUAAUUAUUUUACUAAUGCAGGUCCUCUGUGUAGAAUUUUGAUUGAAAGAGGAGUGUUGGAAUUUAGGAACAACUGUAUUCCUGAUCUUCCUUUCCAAAGAUCAGUUCUUGAAUGUGCAGACUUCUUUGCUUACCCACAAAUCUGUCCUCGUAUGUGGUCUUACGCUUAUAUUCCUUGUAUAAAACACAUUCCAGAAAUGGUUCCCUCUCCUUGA